AAGACUGAAGAAGAAGAAGCAGCAGCAGCGGAGUGUCAGAACUGGGACAAAAACAGUGCGCCUCCGUCCUCCCGGACAGCAUGUAACUCCCUCUGCUGACUGAAAGCAAGCGUUUAAGUUGACUUUUAAAAGACAUUAAGUCCUUACAGCUAAAACAGAAGAGCCUCGCCUCGGCGUUCACGUGCGCCUCCCUCGUUUUCCUCCUCUGCUGCUGGAGUGAGCUAGCUUAGCCUGUUAGCUUAGCAGGACACCCCCCUCACCGAGUCCGUGUGUGCAGGACUUUACCACCAGGAGCCAAGAGAUUCACCUGGAGCUGCACAAAAGCUCACCUGGACUUUACUUAACAGGCACAGCUGCACGUGUAGGUUCUGAAAUCGGCUUCUGCACGAGACGUUUGAGGAAAAAGGUCACAAAAUCACCCUGAAGAACAAGGAAGUCUGAAUGAACUUUGCUGCUAGCACCCUGCUAGCCCCGUAGCUGCAUUGAUUCAUUGUGCUGAAGGGGGAGAGGGGGUGUCUGUGCAGCCUCCUCGAUUAUACCGAUUAUCUGUGAGAGCUUCUGGCCGUUCAGUAGAUCACUGUCUAACGGAGGCGGUCCGGCAGUGAAGUGAGCCCUAAAGAUGAUUCCCGACAAAGCCCCGAAGGACGACGUCUUCCACGGGUCUGACGACCUGAAGAAGGAGGCUCACGUCCCCAGCUUCGAGAAAUAUAAAGAGCUCUACAUGAAAUCUAUAGAGAAUCCAGACGAGUUCUGGGGAGACGUCGCCAAAGAUUUCUUCUGGAAGAAGCAACACACAGGUCAAUUCCUCGACUACAACUUUGACGUGACUAAAGGAGAAAUCUUCAUCAAGUUCAUGGAGGGAGCCUCCACCAACAUCAGCUACAACCUGCUCGACCGCAACGUCCACGAGAGGAAACUUGGUGAUAAAGUGGCCUUUUACUGGGAAGGCAAUGAGCCCGGCGAUGAGCUGACGGUGACCUACAGAGAGCUGCUGCAGAGGGUCUGUCAGUUCGCCAACGUGCUGAAGGCUCAGGGGGUGAAGAAGGGCGACCGCGUGUCCAUUUACAUGCCCAUGGUGGUCGAACUGGUGGUGGCCAUGUUGGCCUGCGUCCGCAUCGGAGCCGUUCACUCCAUCGUGUUCGCAGGUUUCUCUGCUGAGUCUCUGUGUGAGAGGAUCCUGGACUCCCACUGCUCACUGCUCAUCACAGCAGAUGGUUUCUAUCGAGGAGAUAAGCUGAUCAACCUGAAGCUCUUAGCCGACGAAGCACUGCAGAAAUGCAGAGACAAGGGUUUCCCAGUCGAGAAGUGCAUAAUGCUGAAGCACUUGUCCAAAGAAGCAGAGGAGACGUCUCUGGGUUCUCAGUCUCCUCCAGCCAAACGGUCCUGUCCUGAUCUGCAGCAGGAGAAACAGACAGGGAGAGUAAAGAAAGCCCGUCCUGUUCCACAGAUCUCCAUGUUUGUGUGUCUUUUGUGUGUGUGUGUGUGUGUGUGUGUUUUUGUUUCAUACCAGGUCCCGUGGAACCCUGAGGUGGACCUGUGCUGGCACACUCUGGUACGAGGAGCUUCAGACGAGUGUGAACCAGAGUGGUGCGACUCAGAAGAUCCUCUGUUCAUCCUCUACACGAGCGGCUCAACUGGCAAACCGAAGGGAGUUCUCCACACAGUCAGCGGCUACAUGCUCUACACCGCCAUCACCUACAAACUGGUGUUCGACCACCAGCCCAGUGACAUUUACUGGUGCACGGCUGACAUUGGUUGGAUCACGGGACACUCCUACAUCACCUACGGGCCGCUGGCCAACGGGGCCACCAGCGUCCUGUUUGAGGGCCUGCCGACCUACCCCGACGUCGGCCGCAUGUGGGCGAUUGUGGACAAAUAUCAUGUGACCAAGUUCUACACGGCUCCGACCGCCAUCAGGCUGCUGAUGAAGUACGGCAGCGAGCCCGUGCAGAAGUAUAAGCGAGAGUCUCUGAAGGUUCUGGGGACGGUGGGAGAGCCCAUCAACCCCGAGGCCUGGCAGUGGUACUACACUGUGGUGGGAGAGAGGAGAUGUCCUAUUGUCGACACCUUCUGGCAAACAGAGACUGGCGGACAUGUGUUAACUCCUCUUCCUGCGGCCACACCCAUGAAACCUGGGUCUGCUACGUUCCCGUUCUUCGGAGUGGUGCCGGCCAUCUUGAAUGAGUCAGGAGAGGAGCUGGAGGGGCCCAGUGAAGGAUACCUGGUGUUCAAGCAGCCGUGGCCCGGCGUGAUGAGGACGGUGUACGGGAACCAGCAGAGGUUCGAAACCACCUACUUCAAGAAGUUCCCUGGAUAUUACGUCACAGGAGACGGCUGCCGCAGAGACAAGGACGGAUACUACUGGAUAACAGGGAGGAUAGAUGACAUGCUGAAUGUCUCAGGUCACCUGUUGAGCACAGCGGAGGUGGAGUCGGCUCUGGUGGAGCACGAGGCCGUCGCCGAGGCUGCUGUGGUCGGCAGACCGCAUCCAGUCAAAGGAGAAAGCCUCUACUGCUUCGUAACUGUCACUGAUGGAGUGACGUACAACCGCACGCUGGAGGCAGAACUCAGAAAACAAGUAAGGGAGAAGAUCGGGGCCAUCGCUACACCAGACUACAUCCAGAACGCUCCAGGACUCCCCAAGACCCGAUCUGGUAAGAUCAUGCGACGGGUGCUCCGCAAAAUCGCCUGCGACGAACGGGACCUGGGUGACAUCUCCACGCUGGCCGACUCUUCGGUCGUGGAGCAGCUCUUCCAGAACAGAUGCUGCACCGCCGUGUGACGGCCUCCAGGAUCCUCACAGGGAGGCUCUGACUGCAGCCGCACGCCAGCGGCCACACGUCCAACCAGGGAAGAAGAAGAGGAGGAGGAGGAGGAGGAGGAGGAGAAAUUCCAUGAAGUCGGUCUUAUCCAGUAAACAACCUCUGGCUCCUGAUGAGGAUGAGCGGUGUGCAGCCUGUAUUUAAAGUGACGCCACUGUUUUUAUAUGUGAGACAAAUCUGCAGCAGGUAGAGACGCAACAUCUGGUCAGAAACAGAUUUUCCCACUUCUGUAGCAGAAAUAAGCAACAGCCACAGACAACAGCUGUGUGUGUGUGCGCGCGUGUGUGUGCGUGUGUGAGUGAGAAGCCAGAGGUUGUUUUCAGGUGAGACUGUCCUGCAGUGGGACUGUGUGGAACAGGUGGAACUGGGUAACACUUCAUCUGGGUUUAUCUCAGUGUUUCAGCCAAUAACACGCAGCAGUGUCUGAUAUGUAACCGUUCAAUAAGAGUAUAGAUCCGGUUCAGUAGUUUUCCUGUGGUUAACCGAUCAGCGUCCACACUGGAAUAAGGCUCAUGUGAAGUGAUACCUGUGGCUAACGUCUCCUCCUCGAUGCCAUAGUGCUGUUCCGUACUCUGAUAAUUAGCUGAAUUUGAGAUCGCUCAAUGUUUCCACUAGUUUUAAUUUCUAUUGUCAUUUUUUAAAAAGGUUUGUAGAUGUUUUUUGUUUUUGUUUUUUUUUUCCAAUGGAUUUUUGACAUAGGAUUUGUUGGGUAUUUCUCUUUGUGUGUCUGCACGCUCGUAUGUUCUUAAUCAUGCAAACGGGGAAGGUGUGUUCAGCCUGAUGCGGCUCGGACGCCAAACGCUCAGCUCCAGUUACAGGAAGUCCAAACCAGCUGCAGGUCUGAUGUUUAAAAAAAAAAAGGGAAACUCAAAAAAAAAAAAAAAAAAGAA